AUGUUGUUUGGUAGAUCAAGCCCAAUAUGCAAGCUGCUAUCGAUUAUUAGUGAGUCGUCAUCUGUCACGUCCAUGGCCAAGGAGUCAACUCCCAUCGUGCCUAAGCCGCCUCCUGGGAUCCCAAAUUGGCUCAAGCGCACACUCGCAUGGAAUUCCAAAGUCUUGAAGAAGUCAUUCAUCCACUUGGGCUGCUUGUCCAGUUCAUCACCUCGGAAUACGAGCCGCACUGGAGCGUCUGACAAAAUGGUCUUUGCCACGUUCUCGAUCGUGGAGCCAUCUCCACAAUCUUCUUUCAAGUCAGGAUCAAUAGAAGGGAUCCUGAAAUGCACAGUCACUUCCCCGGAGUUUGUAGUGAACUGGUCGAUCUCUAACUUGGCAACAGCGACUGCUUUGCUGCAAGCAGGAAGCAAAAUGGUCCAGCUGAAUGCGUCUGAUUGGUAA